AUGGUUUUAUCGUCCUCUUCAAGGGUUACUACCCUCCCAAAACGAGCCAUCCGCUUAUCAAGGGGAUUGGCAACUCCCUCGACUUUGCCUAUCAAAGAUUGUACCUCGAUAACACCACCUUAUCCGAGAUUGUUAAAGACAUUGGAUCAAGUGAGAGAUGUGUUGCCGAAAGGAAGCAAAUUGACGUUGGCGGAGAAGAUAUUGUAUUCACAUUUAAGGAAUCCAGAGGAGAGUUUGGGAGGUAAUGGGGGUAAUGGGAAGAUUAGGGGGGAGAGGUAUUUGAAGUUGAGGCCGGAUAGGGUGGCUAUGCAGGACGCAUCCGCCCAAAUGGCUCUACUCCAGUUCAUGACCUGUCGACUUCCCUCGUGUGCCGUCCCAGCUUCGAUCCACUGUGACCACUUGAUCCAAGCUCAGACAGGUGCCGAAUCCGACUUGACUCGAUCGAUCGAAGCCAACAAGGAAGUAUUCGAUUUCUUGGAAAGUGCAGCGCAGAAAUAUGGUAUAGAAUUUUGGAAACCUGGUUCAGGUAUCAUCCACCAGAUUGUGCUUGAAAAUUACGCUGCUCCUGGUUUAUUGAUGUUGGGUACGGACUCGCAUACACCCAAUGCGGGUGGUUUGGGAAUGUUGGCUAUCGGUGUUGGAGGUGCGGAUGCAGUCGAUGCUUUGACGGAUACUCCUUGGGAAUUGAAGGCACCAUUGAUCACUGGUGUCAAGUUGACUGGACAAUUGCAAGGUUGGGCUACACCUAAGGAUCUGAUCUUGCACUUGGCUGGGAAAUUGACCGUCAGAGGAGGAACUGGUAGAAUCAUCGAGUACUUCGGACCGGGUGUACCUGCUCAGUCGUGUACAGGUCUUGCAACCAUCGCCAAUAUGGGUGCUGAAGUAGGAGCUACCACGUCAACUUUCCCAUACUCUGACAACAUGCGACAAUACUUGCAUGCUACCGGCAGAGGACCUGUUGCUCAAGCUGCCGACGAAGCUGCCAAGAAAGGAUUUUUGAGUGCUGACGAGGGAGCAGAAUAUGACGAGGUUAUCGAGAUCAACCUCUCUGAACUCGAACCACACUUGAACGGUCCAUUCACCCCCGAUCUCGCCACCCCUCUAUCAUCUUUCUCUAACUUCCUCAACACCAACAAAUACCCCACUACCCUAUCCUCAGCAUUGAUCGGCUCAUGUACCAACUCGUCAUACGAAGACAUGUCGAGAGUAGCUUCCAUAGCCGAACAAGCCAAAGCUGCUGGAUUGAAAUCCAAAGUCCCCUUCUUAGUCACACCUGGAUCCGAAUUGAUUAGAGCAACCGUCGAGAAAGAUGGAUUACAGGAUACGCUCGAGAGUGUCGGUGCGACUGUUUUAGCGAAUGCCUGUGGACCAUGUAUCGGACAAUGGAAGAGAGAUGAACACAAGGGUGAAGACAAUGCGAUUUUGACUUCGUUCAACAGGAACUUCAAAGCUAGAAACGAUGGUAAUCUGAAGACUAUGAACUUCUUAGCUUCACCUGAGAUCGUUACUGCUAUGGCCUUCUCUGGUGAUCUGAAUUUCAACCCUACAACCGAUUCCAUCUCCACUCCCAACGGUCCAUUCAAAUUCCAACCCCCCUCAGGAGACAGAUUACCCCCUACAGGCUAUUCAGCAGGUGAUCUAUCCUACGCACCUAGUCCUUCACCUACUCCCAAGCCCGAGACUGAAAUCGCCAUUUCACCCGAAUCUACCCGUUUGGAAAUACUCGAACCGUUCGGUACGAAUUUCGCGGGUGGUAAAGGAGAGUUACCUCAGAUGACAUGCUUGAUGAGAGUUAAAGGGAAAUGUACGACCGAUCACAUUUCAGCUGCUGGAGCAUGGUUGAAAUAUAAAGGUCAUUUAAGUAAUAUAUCGGAAAAUACAUUGAUGACGGCCGUCAACGAUGAGAACAACCAGAUCAACAAAGCGAUAGAUAUCGAUGGUUCCGAAGAUACGAUUCCUAAGACUAUGCAGAAGUAUAAGAAAAGGAAUGAACCUUGGAUGUUGGUAGUGGAUGAUAACUACGGUGAAGGUUCAGCUAGAGAACACGCAGCUUUACAACCCCGUUUCUACGGAGGUGCAAUGAUCGUAGCUAGAUCUUUCGCUCGUAUCCACGAGACCAACUUGAAGAAACAAGGUAUAUUACCAUUGUGGUUUAUUGAUAAAUCCGAUUACUCCAAGAUCUCCUCUCACGAUAAAGUUUCUACGCAAGGUUUAGCCGAUAUAAUGGCUGGUUCUUCCACAUCGGAUAUCGUUGUAUUGAGAGUUGAGAAACCCUCUGGAGAGGUAGUCGAGGUCAAGACUAGACAUACAUUAAGUGCGGAUCAGAUUGAAUGGUUGAGGUUUGGUAGUGCUUUGAAUUACAUUGGAGCGAAGGCUAGAGAGGCCGGUAGUGCUUAG